AUGGACAUGUUGAGGUCAUCUGAUCAGUCUCAGUUCGUGUCCUAUGACCCUUCUUCCGCCGCCUCCUCUUCUCCUUAUCUCCUCGAUAAUUUCUAUGGUUGGACAAAUCAAAAGCCUCAAGAGUUUUUCAAAGAUGAAGCUCAGAUAGCAGCAGCUUCAAUGGCUGAUUCAACGAUCCUAGCAACGUUCGUAGACCCACAAACUCAUUCUCACAAUCACAUCCCUAAGCUUGAAGAUUUUCUCGGUGACAAUAGUCAAACCGAAACACAAGACUCUUCUUCCCUCACUCACAUCUACGAUCCACGUCACCACCAAAACCAAACCCACCACCAAACCGGGUUUUACUCUGAUCAUAACCACGAGUUUAAAACCAUGGCCGGUUUUCAAACCGCCUUCUCAACUAACUCCGGUUCCGAAGUAGAAGACUCGGCCUCCAUAGGGAGGACUCAUCUAACUGGAGAGUAUUUAGGACACGUGGUGGAGUCUUCCGGUCCGGAGCUUGGUGGUUUUCACGGUGGAGUUAACACAGGAGGAGCUUUGUCACUUGGUGUUAACGUUAAUAACACAACGAACAGGACUAGUAGUGAUCAUAAUCAGAUCGCUGAGCAUCGUUACAAUGGUGAAAGAACCAACAACAAUAGGGAAGACAAGACGGUUUCUGAGAAGGAGAAGGCUGUUGUGGCUGUGGAGACAGCAGAUUGUUCUAACAAGAAGAUCCCUGAUACGUUUGGACAAAGGACUUCUAUCUACAGAGGAGUUACAAGACAUAGAUGGACGGGAAGAUAUGAAGCACAUCUAUGGGAUAAUAGCUGUAGAAGAGAAGGUCAGGCCAGGAAAGGACGUCAAGGUGGAUAUGACAAAGAAGAUAAAGCAGCUCGAGCUUACGAUCUAGCAGCUCUUAAAUACUGGAAUGCUGCUGCUACCACCAACUUCCCUAUUACAAAUUACUCAAAAGAACUGGAGGAAAUGAAACACAUGACCAAACAAGAGUUCAUUGCUUCCCUUAGGAGGAAGAGUAGCGGAUUCUCUAGAGGAGCUUCGAUAUACAGAGGUGUUACAAGGCAUCAUCAACAAGGACGUUGGCAAGCAAGAAUCGGCCGUGUUGCAGGCAACAAAGAUCUUUACCUAGGAACCUUUGCAACGGAAGAGGAAGCAGCUGAGGCAUACGACAUAGCAGCAAUCAAAUUCAGGGGAAUAAACGCUGUAACCAACUUUGAGAUGAACCGUUACGAUGUUGAAGCCAUCAUGAAGAGUGCACUUCCCAUUGGUGGUGCAGCAAAACGUCUUAAACUCUCUUUAGAAGCUGCUUCAGCUGAGCAGAAACCAAUCCUCAGUCAUCAGCAUCAACUCCACCAUUUCCAACAACAACAGCUUCAGUCAUCUACCAACCAUAGUAGCAUUAACUUCGCUCUUUGUCCUAACUCAACCGUUCAAUCUCAGAUGAUUCCAUGUGGUAUCCCUUUUGAAGCAGCUGCUCUAUACCAUCAUCAACAGCAACAACAACAACAGCUACAGCAACAGAACUUCUUCCAGCAUUUUCCGGCGAAUGUUCAAGCUUCUGACUCAACAGGCUCUAAUAAUAACAACUCCAACAACGUUCAAGGUUCAAUGGGACUUAUGGCGCCAAAUCAGGCUGAGUUCUUCCUCUGGCCUAACCAGACUUACUAA